CCCAGAACAGCUACAGGCCAGUGUUGAGGAAGUGUCCCCUUACUCUCUCUAUUUGGAUAUUUCCCCAAACUCCAGAGGAAGUAUCCCUUCAUCAUGUCACUGUCUCUUCCCGGACCCUCCCAGGCGGGUCUUUUCAAGCCUGGGUACCAGAGCCACGAUGCCGAAGAUGGUGCCGUCAUUCGCAACAUCGAAGCCUGCCAGGCUAUUGCUCAGACUGUCUUGACGUCGUUGGGCCCUUACGGUCGCAACAAGAUUGUCAUCAACCAUUUGCAGAAAAUGAUCCUUACUUCGGAUGCGGCUACCAUUCUCCGUGAACUGGAGGUUGUGCACCCCGCUGCUAAGCUGCUGGUGAUGGCCAGUCAACAGCAGGAUCAGGAGAUGGGAGAUGGUACCAACUUGGUCAUUGUUCUCGCCGGAGAGUUGUUGAAGAAGGCCGAGGAGUUGCUGCGCAUGGGCUUGAAGACGAGUGAUAUUGUUCAGGGCUACGAGAAGGCACAAAACUUUGCGCUCAAGACGCUAGAAGAUCUCGAGGUCGAUCGCCUUCAAGAACUCCGCUCUCAGACCGAGCUUACCAAGGCUCUCCGCACAGUCGUCGCCAGCAAGCAGUCCGGAACCGAAGAUCUUCUGGCCUCUCUGGUUGCAGAGGCUGUCCUUGCUGUCCUCCCCAAGAACCCCGCCAACUUCAAUGUCGACAACGUUCGUGUGGUCAAGAUCAUGGGAGGUGGCUUGGAGCAGUCUCGUGUGGUCAAGGGUAUGGUUCUUGGCAGAGAGCCUGAUGGUGUGAUCAAGAAGGCUACCAAGGCCAAGGUUGGAGUCUUCAGCUGCCCCAUCGACAUCUCUCAGACCGAAACCAAGGGUACCGUGCUGUUGAAAAACGCGCAGGAAAUGCUGGACUUCACAAAGGGUGAGGAGGAGCGUUUGGAGGCGGCUAUCAAGGAACUUUACGAUUCUGGUCUGCGUGUGGUCGUCUGCGGUUCCACCGUUGGUGACCUGGCCAUGCACUUCCUUAACCGCUUCAACAUCCUUGUGAUCAAGAUCCUCUCGAAGUUCGAGCUGCGCAGACUGUGCCGUGUGGUCGGCGCCACCCCUCUCGCUCGCCUGGGCGCCCCGAUGCCCGACGAGAUGGGUAGCAUCGAUGUUGUCGAGACUACCGAGAUCGGCGGUGACCGGGUGACCGUCUUCCGUCAAGAAGAUGCCAACGCUGUCACUCGUACAUCCACCAUUGUCCUGCGUGGCGCUACCCAAAACCAUCUCGAUGACGUUGAGCGUGCGAUCGACGAUGGUGUCAAUGCAGUCAAAGCUAUCACCAAGGAUCCCCGCCUGGUUCCUGGUGCCGGUGCCACCGAGACUCAACUUGUGGAGAGAAUCUCCGCCUUCGCGGAUAAGACUCCUGGCUUGCCCCAGCACGCUAUUCGCAAGUACGCCGAAGCGUUCGAGGUGGUUCCUCGCACCCUGGCCGAGUCGGCUGGUCUGGACGCUACUGAGGUUCUGUCUCGUCUCUACACCGCACACCACCGGUCUGCCAAAAAUGAUGAGUCGGAGGAAUCGUCUGCAGACGAGGGCAGCUCCGAGAAGGAGGAGCCUUACUGGACCACGGGUGUGGAUUUGGAGAUUAGCUCUUCAGCUGGAACCCUUGACGCCGUGGAGGAGGGCAUCCUGGACCUGCUAGCAUCCAAGAGCUGGGCCAUCCGUCUCGCGAGCGAGGCUGCCCGCACGGUGCUCAGCGUUGACCAGAUCAUUGUUGCUCGACAGGCCGGUGGUCCCAAGCCACCGGGCCCCAACCCCAACUGGGAUGAGGAUUAAAUGUAAUAUUUAGGAGAAUAUGAUAUCCAUUGGAGGCUCAAAAGCAUGGAAUGUGAUAGAGACACGAUAAUCAUGAAUUGCCCAUUGACCUAUCCAUGGGCAUCUGU